GUAAUUCGAGCCCUGAAUCUUUCAGUUCACUGCACUGAUGUGCAAGCAAUGGUGCUUGCAACGUUGAUCGAUCGCGAAGGACGAGCCUCGGUGCGCAAUGCACCACUGGCGCUAACAAUUGGUGAUAUUUUAUUAACCGAUAAAAUAGACCAUGAGGAUGGUUAUAUGGAAGACGAUACGCUAAUGGCACAUAUCAUGAAAUGCGACAGUGCCCUUUGGAAAGGUGCUCGAGUGACUUUCCAUCAAAUGAUCAUGACCACAGUGUUGAUGGACAAUUAUCAGAAGCAGAUUUUUUCAAGGCUGUAUGUUCAGGUACAUUGGAACUCCAACCAGCCAUUCUUUAUAUUUACGGUACCAACAAUAGCGCGUAUACUUAUUGCGGAGGAGUGUGCUCUUAAAUUCAUAUGUGAUGGAUUAACUGAGCACUGUGUGAAGUACAUUAGAUCAGUCAACGGGCCAAAAUUCGAUUUCUCCUCACGCUCAUCGCCUCAUGCACUUCGACGUUCUCUGUAUAUGCUGUAUGAUUUGAAAUAUUUGCUAUCGGUGGUGCCAGCGGAACGUGACUGGACUCCGACUUUGCGUGAAAAUUUUUACAAUGGCUGCGUUUCUCUCAUACAGUUUCUUUCGUAUAUGCAGGACAUGGACGAAGUUCGUCGCCUAACGGCACAGCAUCAAGUUUGGGAGCUGGAAUGGGAAACGGCUUUCAAUAUUCAAAUCAAAUUGCAAGAUGUCCUCACACUUAUCAUUGCUUGGGCUAAUAGUGAUGUACGUUUUUUUUUUUUCUUAAGAUAAAA